CUUGGUCUACGCGUUUUAUGCGGUGCUGUCAUUAAUUUGUCGGUCAUUGUCAUUGUCAUUGUCGGUUAAAUAAAUAUAAACAAAAUCAAAUUGAAAAAAACCGUAUUCAGGUGAGUGUUAGUUUAAUUUACAAAUUAUGUAGAGAACGUAAAUGAGUUUGGAAUAUUAGAUUAAACGUUUAACUUUUUUGAAGACUUCUCCAACACGCAAAAACAAUAUAGCAAAGCCUAUCUUAAAUGGAUGAGCGAUACAAAAUUGCGCUGUUAAAUUGGACUGAAGCGUGGGCCAAUGUCGCUCGUCUUCAUAUUCUCCAGCAAAGAAGACCGACAACACGCAUUUGGGCAAGACCAAUGCUGCUGGAAAGAAAUCAGAAUGCAAGCCAGUUAAUGCGUGCGAUUCUGGAGGAAGAGCUUGACAAUACCGCAAUAAAUUUUAUUCGGCUAGUGAGAGAGGACUUUGCCUAUCUGUUGACGGUUAUAACACCCCGCAUCCGUAGGCAGGAUACUUACAUGCGAGAUGCUAUUAUACCAAAAGAUAAACUGAUUAUAACGCUAAGAUUGCUGGCUUCUGGUGAUAGCUACAAAAGCUUGGAAUACGCCUAUCGAGUAUCAGAACAAUCGAUAUCAUUGUUCAUCCCAGAAGUGUGCAACAGUUUGCUAAUUUAUCUUCGCAAAUAUGUAAAGCUUCCGUCAACACAGCAAGAAUGGCUUACGGUGUCGGAUGCAUUCAAUGCCAAAUGGAAAUUUCCCCAUGCUAUUGGUGCCAUCGAUGGAAAGCAUGUUGCCAUAAAAGCUCCUGCCAAAAGUGGAACAGAAUAUUACAACUACAAACAGGUUUUUAGCAUUGUGUUGUUGGCAGUUGCAGAUGCUGACUGCAAUUUUAUGUUUGUUGACGUUGGGUGCAAGGGUCGCAUAUCAGACAGUGGAAUUUUAAGGACCUCUCGUCUUUAUGUCAUGCUUGAAAGAAAGGAAUUAAAUAUCCCAGAGGCGGAACCGUUACAUCAAAAUUCAUCCAUCAGAGUCCCGUAUAUGCUCUUGAGAGACAAGGCAUUUGCGUUAACGGACUACUGUAUGCGACCUUUCGGUGGUGUUACAGAGAGUGGUUCAAUUGAACGUCUUUUUAACGAACGUCAUUCUCAGGCACGAAGGGUUGUUGAAAUGGCAUUUGGGAUACUCAGUGCAAGGUUUAGAGUUCUUCGGAAAACUAUAUAACUAAAUCCAGAAAUGGCCAGCUUGAUAGUACUCGCUACAGUAUACCUUCAUAAUUUUAUUAGAAGAACUGCAUUAACGAGGAGAGAGAGAUGGGAUAACGAGGAACUCAACCAUAAUUUCACUGCUUUGCGUGGAAUAGUUCCUCGUACAACCAACGAACUUUUGCAAAUCCGUUUACAUUUGGCAAAUGAAUUUGCAAACGGUUGUAUAUAAUAUAUUGCCUUUAAAGAGGGUUUCAUGUGUUCUCAUAGUUGUGGGACACUUUUUUGUCACUUCUUCUGGGUAGUGAACUUUAUGUUAUAGGAAUUGGACUCUAUGGUACCUUUUUUAAACAGACUCAUAGGAAAUUUCUCUUGGAUUUGUUCAAAAAAGGGUGCGUUAGAGUCCAAUUUCCAUCACAUAAAUUUCAUUUCACUACAGAAAGUAUGAUUCAAGUGUCCCAUGACUAUGAGAACCCUUGAAAAAUCCUGUUAUACAUAAAUAUUAAUAAAUUACACAAAAGAACAUGACAAAAUGACAAAUGAGUUUUUAUUAAUUAAAAUUGCUUCUAUCUUUAGUGAUGCAAAAAUCUGGAGUCCGCUCUGACUCCGGAAGGUCAGCAUUAUCCGGAGUCGAUCAGAAUCGUCCGAAAUCGGUAGGAAUCGGAGUCGUCCGGAGUUGGCCUUCGACACAAUAAAAAAUAAAAAAAACACAACGAAAUGAAAUGGCUGUUCAAAAGUCAUUGUACCUGACGGCUCCUGUUGACUCCAAUAAACUCCGUUUCCGGAUGAUUCCGACCAACUCUUGACGAAUCCGGAUGACUCCGGACGACUCCGACUCCGCGCAGAACUGGUGAUUCGAAUUUUGUCGGAGUCGCUAUCGUAACAAUAGCUGGAGUCGGA